AGACCCCGCGGCGACACGUGGGGACUGCAACCGCUGCUGCCACUGCUUUGUGCCGAGGUUCAACGCAAGGACUCCGAGAUGGUGGUGAUGCUCAACACGUGCUGCACGAGGUACGAGCUAAGGAAGGGCUGCAUCAUCAUAGGAGCCCUGUGGCUGGUGAUCUCUCUGGUGGUCGUUGUGGGAGCACCGCUGAUGAUGCGCAAUCUGGAGCAAGACAUGGACGAUGUUUACCAACACUUCAGUGGCUCGUGGAACUCAGAAAAUCAGAAAAUGUAUGACAUCACGCUGUCAGUCCUCAGAGCCACCUUCUACGGGAUCACCGCCAUGGCGGUAGUGGAUGGCAUCUGCUCCACCAUGCUCAUCUUCGGCUCUCGCCAGGACAAGCCCGGCCUGGUGCUGCCGUGGGUGGUGGAGCAGAUGGUGGUGCUGCCCGUCUGGGCUCUGCUGGCGCUGGCCUUCGCCGUCCUCAGCUACAUGGAGGGCCAGCUGCAGAGGUCCACCGUCAGCGUCUUCGUGCUGCUGGUGCGUGCAGGUGUGAGUGUGUACUUCAUCCUGGUGGUGUACAGCCAGUACAGGUACCUGAGGGGUGAGCUCGUGCCUACCAGUCCCAACCAGGCCGUCUGAGGGAAACACCCUGCCCAGGUCUCCACGUCUUCACUGAUGUUCCGUCGUCGCAACAGCGGCCGACUGCUGUGACUGUUUCCCGCUUCUUUGGCCACACAAGAACAUACUGCCCUGCAUCAGCCGCGCCGAUGCAUGAACUCGCAACAAAGUCUUCUAUCCAAAGGCGUGGCCACAUAUAAAUUGCAUAAGGGAACCACAGCAAGUCAUCUCGUGCUAUCUGAACCCUGCGUGGAUGAAUUACAGUUUUAAUGCUCACAACUCUGCAGUAUAAUAGGUGAAAGACAUCUCGUUAGACGCAAUGAGCUCCUUUUCGAAACUAUUUAUUUGCAGAUAGGUAUUUGGGCAUACAGGUCUUAAUCAGCACCAUCUCGUACACAAUAUAAAAAUCAGAUUUAUCUAUACCUAUGAUGAUAACGCAAGAAAACGUUGGGUACACUUACACGCUGCACAGAUCUACAUCAAACGACGUGUAUGUCAAGUGUAAAAUAUUUGUGAUCAUUAACAGUGACGUAGUUCUAGAAAAUAUAGAGCCCCAUGAACAUUUUAAAACUAAUUGAAUUGAUGAAUUCAAUAAUGCAUCAUGCCCACUUUUUUUCCAAACUAAGACAACCAGAGAUAACUGAUCUUUAUAUCUGUUUGCAUCGUUUGGUAUAAAAGGGGUCACGUCCCAGUACAGAAGUGCGUCCGCAGUUCGUGGCCUCGGUCGCAUUCUCGCUUCCCGAGCAUGGGGUCCCGUGUUCCAUUCCCGGCGGGGUCGUGGAUUUUCACCUGCCUCGAGAUCACUGGGUGUUUCUGUUGUCCUCAUCGUUUCAUCAUCAUUCAUGAAAGUGGCGAGACUGGGCUGAGCAAAGGUUGGGAAUUUGUAGGGGCGCUGAUAACAGCGCAGUAAAGUGCUCCACAAACCAAUCAUCAGUAUCAUUGAGUGUGGUCUCGUCCCAGUAAAAUAAAAAAAAUAAAAAAAGUGGACGAUGUUAAGAAAAUACUACAAUACAUACCUGAUGAGCAGAAAUGAUAGUAACUGCUAGUGGUCAGUGAAGGACGGACAAGAUAAAGAUGCAGCAUUCCCACCACAGUCUACUUUGCUGUAUUUUGCUUGUGGUUGCGUUUGGGGUACAUUAUGAAUAAACCUAUAUGCUCAUAACACAAUCUUGUCCUGCAACGAUGUAUAUGAAAAAUAUAAACUAGCACAACACAAUCAUUCAGCUGCAAACAGAACAGUACAGGUGCAAAAUGUCCAGUACAUUAAAGCUCGAUUACUGGCCAAAGUCGAUGGCUAACGUAUGUUGUAAUGGUGUAUAUUUUUUUACCCUGGGGCCAAUUGGUGCAGGGUACCUUAAAGAUACCUUGCUUAAACACGUUGUGCAGUAAAAUAGUUCUUUGUGUCUCGUGAAGAAUUUAUUUUCUAGGGCAUACUGAUUUUUCAACUCACAGAGACAGAUUUUAGCACUGCAGAUAACCGUUCAUAAAGUCAUCGGUAGGGCCCAUUCUGUCGUGGUAAAAGCAAAGUGUUUGACCUCUGCGGUACACAUUUUGUCACUUCCAUGUGUUAUAAACCUGUGAAGUGCGAAACGGAAUGAGAAUGACCAGCUCUUUCAAAUAUACAUGAACACGAUCACCAGAUAAUUUCUUCUAUCAGUUGUGUGCUAAUUGCAAUGUGAUUUGUAACAGUCACGCUUCCUGAUCCUACAGGACGCUACCAUCACACUGAGAAAACAAGUCAGUGUGUCUCGCAGCAGAGGUGUCAUGUCACCUCUGGUACCAUACCUAGGUUCAUCUGUGGCAUGCGCUCAUUGUUUACAUUGUGAUGCGUGCCGCAGAGUUCCUUGGUUUUCGAUUCGCAGCAGCGAUAUUUACAGCGCUGGCUGCGCGAGUAGAGGGACUGUGAUGUCGCGAGGACAGGGUCUUAUGCGAGUAGAGGGGCUGUGAUGCCCCGAGGACAGGGUCAUAGGUGGAGAGUGGCGUGCGAGACGUGGGAGAAGGAAAAACAGCGGGCGGCGAACGAGUAGUACCUAACAUGUGACAUACCACUGUAGUGUCAUGUUGUGGACCCGUGGCAGGCGCGAGCGAACCAGCGUUGAGUAUACUGGGCCCUGGCGGCGGGGUAUUGUUAGGCACUGAUGAAACAAGCCGAUGCGGCUGUCGUCCCGAAGGCUUGGCACAGCAAAGCGCGAACUAAAAUCAUGUUCAGAAAAGAGUAGAACACCUCGAUCGACUAGAGAUAGACAUUCAUUUUCACAAGACAGGUACAUUAGUAUGUUCUGCAGAAACGAUUAGCAUUUCAGUCACAUCGGUUCAGCAUGUGUUCUGUUGACUAGCAGACACAGGGUCCACCAUGAGCCCUGAUAACUUAUUCCUUGUGUGAUGCCAUCGAGGCGUAUCAGGCGCGAAUGGCGUCCUGUGGUACAGCCAUCCAUGCUGCAUUCGCCUGAUUCCAAAGUCUAUUCAGGUUAUUGGUACUGGGUCACAGAGCUGCACGCGUCGUUUCACACAUUGUCGAUUGGCGACAGCUCUGGUGAUCUGGUGGGCCAGGGCAAGAAAGGCUGACAUUCUGUGACAGCAAGAAGGCAAGCGUUCACGCAUAAACAUGGGAUCGUGCUUUGUCUUGCUGAAAAAUUGCGUCUGGGAUGUUGUGCGGAAAGGGUAUGGCAAUGGGUCGCAGGAUGUCAUUCGUGUAGGUCAUACUGGCCACAGUGCCAUGGACACGAACCAUCUGUGGUUUGUGGUUGUACCCAAUAGCACUCCACACCAUAGGGCUGUGAUUUGGCACUGUAUGUCCUGUGUGAAUCCAAUCACUGUGAUGCCACGCCCCCAGUCUGCAGGGAACCAAAAUGCGGCCAUCAUUUUCAAACAAACAGAACCUUGAUUCGUCCAAAAACACUAUCGGAUGCCAUUUCUGUCUUGUGUGACAUCGUUCCAUACAUCAUUACAGUCUAGCACAUUCAUCAAAGGUAAACGGAUAAGUGGACGACGCACAUGUAACCCAUGCUGUAACAAAUGACAACGGACUGCCACCCCUGAUAGAGUACGAUGUUAUCAAUUGAAGACAUGAAGUCUGCAUAUGACUCCACGAUCAUUUUAUUUUUAGCACUUUUAGUUUCACAAGUCCGUCUUGAUCACAUAGAUUUCUUCACACUAUGUUUACAUAUAUGUUAAAAUAUUCUGAUAUAAAUCAUCGUCAUGUUAAACAUGUUUAACUUGAUGAUGAUUUAUAUGAGAAUAUUUUAACGAUCUGAAAAUGGCGAUGAGCCGAGACUGGUCAUAAAGUGUAGAGAAAUCUAUGGGAUCAAGACAGACUUGUGAAAAUAAGAGUACGAUCUGUUACACUGUUCCACUGUUUGGCCAGAGCUGAGAAAAACGCAUAACUGUCGUGCAAUGCCAUUCGGAUGAGGUGUCGAUCUUCUGAUCCAUCUUACCCUGUUCUACGGCCUUCUGUGAACCAUUCUGCACAACCCGCUUCACUGCCGUAACACUUCGUCGCACAUGAGCAGCAGUUUACUGGAAGGAUGCAUCGCACUCUGUCACGCCAAUAAUCCACCCUCUUUCAAACGCAUUGAUCUGACAGUACAGUUCGUGCAUACAUCUGUAAGGCAUCCUUCUUGUCUGAUCAAGUCACAAUCAUCCCUUACCUUUGGUUUAUGGAGACAACAAGAGCCACAGGCACACUUUACCAGUAGGUGACAUUGUACCAUGAUAUCGAUGUUGACCUUGAACCCACGUCCGACAUGGUUCAAAUGUUAAUUAUAUCUGCAGAACAUGCUAAUGUGCAUGUCCUGUGAAUAUGAAAGUCCUGGCUCUAGUAGUUUAAGAUGGUUUUAUUUUUUUCCGAACGUGACUGUACUGCUACUCCUAGAUUCACGGUUAACAUCAUCAUCAAGUAUCGUUCCUCGAGAAUUUUUAUAAAAAUCACAUUGUUGUGCUGAAAAGUUCAGGUUUUGUAGAACCUUGCACAGGUUUGGCAAGAAAUGUGGUUGUCUUGGGGUAAACUCCUGAGCUUUGACUUAGUGGGUAAAUGUAAGGCAUUAUUACUGAAAUUAACAGGCAUUUGGGCUAGUACUGGUCUGUACCGAGUAGCCAUUUCUAACGUACUUAAACUUAUUGUGUGCAUAAAAACACCUAAAACGUAGAGUGGCUAAGAGCCGUUGAAACUGUCCAUUUUGUGGCUGUAGUGGUAGCCCAGUGAUUGUUAUUUAUUAUAUUUUUCAUGUUCAAAGUUUGCCACCGACAUAGGCUGGUAAACUAUUUUGGCAAAGAAAAUUUUGCAUAUGAGUUAUUGGUUGACAUGUAAAUGGCUAGAGCCGCCUCGUUGAAAUAUUUUCCAUUAUUACUCUUACGGCAGGCAUGGGAACCGGAUACACCGGUUCCCAUGAGAUCACCGAAGUUAAGCGCUGUCGGGCGUGGUCGGCGCUUGGAUGGGUGACCCUCCAGGCCGCCAUGCGCUUUUGCCAUUUUUAGUGGUGCACUCAGCCUCAUGAUGCCAAUUGUAGCGGCUUCAGUCCAGUAUACCAUUCUAACGAUUGGGAGAGCGGUGUGCUGACCCCACUUCCCUCCUAUCCGCAUCCUCCACUGAGGAUGACACGGCGGUCGGAUGGUGCCGGUAGGCCACUCGUGGCCUGAAGACGGAGUGCUUAAUUUAAUUAAUCUUAUGGCCAUCUUUAAUAUGUUCUGGCAGUACUACCAUACAUGUUUUAGAAAAAUUUGGUAGUGAAAUGGUUAAUGUCUACCCUCCAGUCGCACCUCUGUGUUUAAAUUGUUUUCAUUGCACACUUUUACGACCUACCACCUGUUACGUUGCAGGAUUUGUGGGCUUGUUCAUUGACAAGUCGUAACCGUAUGCCUGAUUAAGUAUGAUGCAGCUAGUCCCCAUAUCAUUUCAUGUGACUAGUUGGACUUAAAUAUAAUGCGGUGUGUCGUAAGUACUGAAGGCACCGGUUAAUGGAAACAUUGUUUUGAUGUGUUGUGUCGAUUGAAGCUUGACGAUGCCCCUGUAGACGAUUAGCUUCAUUAGUGCUUUAAAUUUAACCUCCCAAGCACCUGUCAUUGCUCUGGGAAAUUGUUAACCUACUUAGUUUGGAGGCGGCUAGAGCUGUGAAGUUAUUUUAAAAUUUUUUGGGUGUUAUGUAUGCCGGAUUUAAAAUAUGUUGGUGUAUUCCUGAAGUUAGAACAGCAAGUGCCGAUACCAACUCACUGAAAAGUGGCUAAGCAGCGGGUUAAUUUUCAUGUUUUGUUUGCGCAAUGUUCAGACCAACACUAAAUUUAUCUUAUUUUAUAUUGUAUGUAGUUGACAAUUUAUGUGGCUACUGCCGGUUCAGGUAGGGAAGACGAGUUACGGGUUUUAAGGCGGCUAUAACCCGACUGCAAUUUUAGAAUAUUGAGAGUUGUGUAUGUGUUAUUUCCAUAGAGGGGCGAGUGCCAAUUGAAAGGGAGAAUCAUAAAUGAUUCUUCUAGGUGAGACUGCAAAGAACUGCGGCGAAAAUUAAGGUCUCACGGUCUUGUAAUUAUUUAGUAACGAAAAGCCAGCUGAAUUUGGAUUACUUGUUAGUUUGUUUUCAAGGUGGCUUGGACCGGUUGAAACUUAAGAACCGUGGUUGGUCGGAUCUUGUUGAAUUGAAUUGAAGACUGUGAUGUGUCAUUAUGUAAUGUGGCUAAUGCCAAUUGUAUGCUGUUGUCCUUAAUAACUGUGUGCAUCGCUCAAGUACCGAAGUACGAUUUUGUCAAUAAAAUAAAUUGCACUUUUUGUGCUUAGUACCUUCACUCCAGACCCCUUGUGUCCCAGCUAUCCCUGCUCCAAAGGGUAUCCCCAUUCGCUGUUUCCGUGGAAGGACAACGGGGUGGCAGACUUGGGGCAGCGGAGCGGGGCUACACAAUGAAUAAAACCUUUGGGCCAAUAGUAUGUCAGGAUGGAAAAUGGAAAUGAGCGUUUGGCGUCAUUGGCCGGGAGGCCCCUCGCGGGGCAGGUCCGGCCGCCAUAUCGCAGGUCUUAUUACAUUCGGCACCACAUUGGGCGACCUGCACGCCGGAUGGGG